AUGCUGUUUAUCAGUGUAUUUGUGCACUACAUUCUGUUGAUUUCGGCAUCAGAUAGCGAGUCAAGCAAUAGCAAUCACGGUACGAGUCCAACAAGAGCAAGUGCCGUUCAGCUUAGCGAACUCCGAAUCGGACAUGAUAUUGAUGUACAUGUUCCGAUGGACAAAGGAGCUAAACAGGAUCAGACCAAAAAGAGUCAUACCGAUCCUGUGGUUGAUGACGAAACAAAGCGUAACACAUUAGAUAGACGACUAUUGAAGACAAAGAGUAGGAAUAACUCCUCGUUGUUGAAUGAACCCGCCAAAUUGGAUUCAAAAAAGGAGAAACAAAGAGAUAAAGAAGGUAUGUCAAGUAGUGCGUCAACAUCUAGACCAAACCGAGAACCAGAGGUUCCAGGAUUUUGUUUUUAUGCAUGGUGUUCACAAGGUGGUUGCGAUGAUGAUCGUUAUCAGUUAGUGAAUCAGAAAGAAACACAAGCAACUGGUGUUUCACCUACAACAAGUAUUGAUACAGAGGGACAGUCAGAGCCUCCGCAGUCUAUUGGUAACACAAUUUGUAAACCUUCACAGCCGAACAAAGAAUUACCAACAACAAGUUCAUCCCGAGUGGCAGAUACGCGUUUCAAGGUGGAAAGAGUUCCCGAGCAAUCGACAUCUGAAGAA